UGAAUAAAUACCAUGAGCAUUAAGCAUCACAAGAAGUAUGUCUACAGGUAUUACAACAAACGUGACAAAUACAACAGCCCUCUUCAGUGAAGAUACAAGAAAUACUAAUAUACAGCAGAACAUACAGGAACAUGAAAGAAUAAUUCUUGAGAAUAACCAGAAAGUCAAAAACGGUGCUAGCAAUGCAAUAUUUCCUGUAGAAGGGGCUGAAAGCAAGUCAACACUGGUAAUUGAAGGCCGCAGCAACAGAGAAAUGACAACCAAUACUAAUGCUUCUGACCACGAAGGACAUAAGAUAUUGUCAUGCAAUAUCACAAUAAAGCAUGAAGAAAGUACAAUCAUUACAACAACUUUGACUGAUAACGACGAAACAACUACAGAUAUAACAACAGAAACCACACCACCAACAACAACGCUGAUUUCAAAUGAAUCUACCACAAUAACUUCAACACUUCCAACUACAAGUUUUACAGAGGAGUUUUAUGGAAAUGAAACAACAGAAAUUGAUGCCACCACUGUGACUGAAGUAACAACUACAGCAGCAGCAAUAACAACAACACUACCAAUUACAACAACAAAUGGAACUGUAGAUAAUGAACUAAAUUUGGAAAAAAUAUUAAUAAAUGACACUACUAAAAAUGUAACCCCUGGUGGUAUUUCAGGUAAUGAAACUCAAGGAAAUGACACACAAAUUCAAGAAAGAAUUGUUCCAACUGAUUCUUCAGAUCAAGUAACUUCAGCAUUUCCUGAUGAUGUAAUCACUUUGGAUCCCGAAAGUGACUUGGAUAUUGAAAGAACUGAAAUUACAACAGAACACAGCAAUGGCCCAAUAACAGUACAAACCGACUCUACAUUUAUGACACUUAUACCUACAACAGUUAUUAUGCCUGAAGAACUAGAUGUUGUUAAUAUUACCCUCCACAAAAAUGUUAGUAUAGUAGAAAGUGACAACUCCAGCACAACAGUUAAUGGAUCACUUCUUCCUGUGAGAGCUAUCCCACCUGAAAUUGAAGCUAUUCUUAACAUUACACAAAAGAAAGAUGAAGACUAUGAAUAUGACUACAAUGAGCCAUCUUUGCCUCCAUCCCUUCCUGGAGUCAGAAUUAUUCCAUUUGUGGCAGCUGAUGCAGUUGUGGAAGACAAAAAUUCUCCAACAGUCUAUCCAAAAGAUAAGCACAGGCCAACUGACAAUCCAGUUUUUUACAAAGUUUCCCAUCCAAACUUAUUUUCUCCACCAGUAGAAACAGAA